GCCCUGUUAUACAAGGGUCGUACUGCAGUUGGCUUUACGGGAGCCAUGUCAGUCUGACCUCACGGAGGCGCCAGUGGUACAUGUAUUUAUGCAGAACUAAAAUUGUUUCUUUUUCCCCCAUCAAGUUUAACCUCAUCGCGCCUUCACAAUGGCAUGCUUGGGUUUAACCAUCUUUUGUUUAGUCAUCUCAGUUAUUAACGCGGAACACUUUACCGAAGAUGAGAAAAAAGUGAUGGUUUCGACUCAUAAUUUGAUACGAUCCUUUGCAGAAAAUCCCCCAGCUGCCAACAUGUUGGAAGUGCGAUGGGACGAUGGUUUGGCAGAAAGAGCAAACGACUGGGUGGAAAAGUGCCAGAUUAAGAACGACCGCUUCAUCAACGACGACCCCGGCCGAUGGGGACGGCUUGGCCAAAACAAUUGGGCUGGUAGUAUCGAACGAUUCGAAGCAUCCCACGGAGUCCCUGCUUGGGUCUGGGUUCAACAUGGGCAAGAGUACUCCUUCAAAACUAAAACAUGCAGCGACGGGGUAUCCUUCAAAGAGUGUUCAGACUUUACCCAGGUUAUAAUGGCAACUACUGAAGCAAUUGGAUGCGCUAAGAAGAAAUGUUCAGACGAUGAAUCCAAGGAAUUGUACGUGACAUGCUUCUACGGGCCAGGUGGAAGCUUGCUUUUCAAGAAUCCGUAUGUGGAAGGCGAGCCGUGUAGCAAAUGCCCCAAGGAGUACACUUGUAAUGCCAAUCUGUGUGUAGCACCACCGGCUCCCUCUGAGCGAGAAUUGCUGGAGGACCUCCUGGGUUAUCUAAGAGGAUAGAUCAGACGCAGUUGUGCUGCUGUUAGACCAAAAGCAAGAUGACUAGACACGAACUACACGCUACAAACAUCACACCUAGAAAUGAUCAGGCUGGAGCCGGGGAUCUGUAGAUUUUGUUUGUUUUGAGUGAAACAAUAAAAAUGGUACCCUUAAACGCAACUUUCAAGUUAUCAAUUACAUGUACAAUGUUUUACCCUGUUGUAAAUCACAAUUUGUAUUUGCAUCAAACAUAUCUACCGCUUUUUGUAACUAAUCACACACACUUAUUUCUUAAAGCAUAGAUUCCCUAUACGCUUUCAAAACAGGCAUACAAUAUUGCACAGGACAAAAAAAGUUAUAUUGUUUUUUUUUUUUUUAUAUUUUCCGAUAUCUUUAUGGAAAACAACCUUAACGUAUUUUCAUUUCCACGUUAGCAUAAUUAUGUUACGUAAAAUUAUUACAUACUUUGUUGAAUAGAAUAGAUAAUUUGAAAAGUUUGUAAGAAUCUUUUAAUUGUAUUUUUUUUUUCAUUUAGACUCAUUUUGUACGAAUCCAGCUUCUUUUGCUAGCAAAAUUGAUAAAAAAAACAUGUACAUGAAUUUAGUAUGGAGCUACGUUUUCCGUUUUUGUAGGGAAGAUGGCAUCUUGAUCUCCAUGUCAAAAAAAAAACAUUCCCAUUCCAACACGUACAAAAAAAGUGAAGCUUAGCCCUGGUUCCCGUCCCUCUAUUGGAAUAACGGUGGGAAGGGAACCAGUUUCAACCACUCCCAUUGUUCGAAUUAAUUAAAAUAAGGACUUCUAAAAGUG